GUACAUCGAUCGGUCUUAUUAUCGAGCACGUACUCGUUUCGCGUAAAAAAAAGAAGCGACGAUCAUGUGCAGCGAGCGACGACGAGUUACCGAUCAGAAAUCCGUAGGUCGAUAUUUUUAUAAUAAUAAUUCAGGAUCGAUGUACGACAAGUGCAAAAUGACUUUUGACACGUACCACUGAGAGUCGUGGCUGUGGGGAUACACGAGAGAGUGUGCGAUAUCGGAGGCACGUACGUAGCUGCGCUCGAUUUAUAAUUGACGGCAAAAUCUGGGCAAGGUCGUCGUCGACGCUGCUUCGUGCUGUGGAGAAAAUCGAAAACAUUCCUGCGGCGACCAGGAGAAAGACCGGCAAAAGCGUAUGUAUAUAAAAGGAUUAUAGUCGAUCGCCGAUCGGCAAAGAAGAGGAAAAAAAAGUAGAGAAGAAAUAAGUUGGAGUAUAUCGAUCUCGAGCAGCUAUACACACACACGAGUACCACACAUGCAGGUGUCAAUUUGGCAGGAGGUGGUAUCACGUAAGAAGUGGAGGAGUGAGAGCUCGCGCGUCGUCGCCGUCACUGUGUAAGUGUGCUGCUUGGCUUGGCUUGGCCCGAGAGUCAAGCGCAAGAAAGAGAGGAAGGAACGAACGGACAGCAGUAUAAGCAGUAAGCACCUCGACCGCGUCGAUUCGCGAUUUGCUCCGGCAUUCAAAUUUCCGAACUCGUCGCGGCUAGCGCGACUGUGUUGUGCUCCGCAGCUCGUCAGUGUCCGGGGCAGCAGGCAGCGGUGUGCUGCGCGCGGCUCUUUCUCUUCUCUUCUCUCUUGGCAAGUGCGUGUGCCGCAGUUGUGGCUCAUCACCGGCUCGCUCGACGGAGUGACGUUUUUUUUUUUUUCGAAAAUUAUCCCCUUUGUGCGCGCGGUAAUGAGAUAGGCCGAGGACAGAGUGCUUGAGGAUAUACGCAAGGAUCUUGUGAAAUCUCUGCAUCGUUUGGUUUUGUUUAUUUUCUCGUUUUCAAUCGAUCUUGAAAAAAUAAAGAGAAGAGAAUAUCGCAGAGGAUGGAGGCUCGACGAGGAGCCGCCGCCACUUUUUGGCUGCUGCUCUUAAUGAGCGCGAGCUUGCAACAGAUCCAAGGACUUCGGAUCUUGAUGGCCACCAUGGGUGGCACCAAGUCGCACACGGUGCCCUUCGCGGCCCUCGGCAAACAGCUUCAGCUCCGAGGACACAACGUCACUCUGGCCAGCGGUUUUCGGGGCACAGUGCCACCCAACAGUACCCUGAGGGAACUCGUCUCCGUCAGGCUCGAGGAAUACAUCACGAACUACACGGCGACCUGGGACCUCGUGGGCUCGCGCAUCCGCAACGAGUGGCCACUGUCGCCCUGGGACGCGAUGCGCUACGGCUGGGAGUCCUGCGACUCUCUCCUCGGCGACGAGUACUCCGUCGGCCUGCUCCAGAACCCGGAGGGCGAUCCUCGGCUCGCCUGGGACGUGGCCCUGGUCGACGGCGCCUUCCCCGAGUGCCUUCUCGGCGUGCUGCAUCGCGGCGCCGACGCCGACCCGCCGGUGCCCACCAUCAUGCUCAACACCGUGGCCCUGUACACGGGCUCGCUGUCGCGCCAGGGCAAUCCCACGCCCUGGUCCCUGAGGACGUACUUCGGCAAAGCCUUCACCCAGGACAUGAACUUCUUCGACAAGCUGAGGAACGCCUUUUACAUGGGCUCCCUCGAGUUCAUGCACUGGAUCAUGACGACCAAGUACAUACAGCCGAUCCUCAGGAAACACCUCGGCAAUCAGGUACCGGACGUGCGUGAACUGGUGAGCGAGGUGCCGCUCACCCUGCAGAACAGCCAUUACGCGGUGGCCGACGCCCAGCCCUUCUUGCCCAACGUGGUGAACGUCGCCUGCAUACACUGCGUCCAGCCGGCGCCGGUCAACGAGGCGCUGGAUAAAUUUCUCGAAGCGGGCUUCGUCUUCGUGUCCAUGGGCUCGUCCGUCAAGGAGUCGGGCAUGCCGCGCGAGCUCAUCGACGCCUUCGUGCACGUCCUCUCGUCGCUGCCCUACAACGUCGUCUGGAAGUGGGACGGCGGCUUCAUACCGAAUCUGCCGCCGAGCGUGCGAGUCGGGCCCUGGUGGCCUCAGCAGGAUCUACUGGGCCAUCGGGGCCUGAGGGCCUUCGUGUCGCACGGCGGUCUGCUGUCGCUGCACGAGGCGGCCUAUCACGGCGCGCCCACCCUGGUGCUGCCCGUCUUCUGCGAUCACGACGGCAAUGCCGCCCAGGCCGCCAAAUUGGGUUACGCACUGGUCAUGGAAUUCGAGACCUUUACCGCGGCCGAGUUUCGGGAAAAUCUGCUGAAGGUCGCCUCGCCCGAUCCCAGCAAUCCUUACCGGCUGGCGGCCAAGAAACGUAGCGAGCUCCUCAAGGACGUGCCCAUGUCGGCGGUCAACAUGUCGGUCUGGUGGGUCGAGCACGUGGCCAGGCACCGGGGCGCCGAUCAUCUCAAAUCCAGCGCAAGACACAUAGGGCUGUUGCAGUACUACUGCUUCGACGUUUUAGGAUUUUACUUGACCGUUCUGUGCGCUUCUUAUUGGUCGGUAAAGAGGUUUAUUGGAAAAUUCAGAUCGCGCAGGAGGAAGCUCAAACUUAAGGAAUCAUAGAGCCCUCGCUAUUGAUCGAACAAAGAAGUGCGACAAUGUGGACGAAAAAAAUAACCCAAAAUCGAGAUUAAAAAAAAAAAAAAAUUAACGAUACUCUGUAUUUUCUUUUGUUUUGUUGUUUUUUUUAUCGAACUAUUUGGUGGUUAUAUAGGUUUAUUCUCGAGCGGGUAUACACGUAAAAUUGUUAGAAAAACCAUAGUCGUCAGUUUUUUUCUUUCUCUUUUCGUUGUUAGACGAUAAUUUGUACAAAUAAAUAUUAGUUUAUGCGAUAGACUAUUGAAUUUACGGCCGGCCAUUGUGAAUAUUCAUGAGUAUAAUUACGUCACACGUGCACUCACACGAAAAAUACGAAUAUUCAAUGGCUUUAAGGUUGUUUAUUUUAAUUUUGUAUCAUAAUUUAAGAAUUCCAUCUUUUUUGUCAAUUAUUUUGUAAAUAAUACUCAUAAUUAACGAAAGAUGACGUCGAAUGCAAAUUCACGACUUGCGUGUCACAAUACCGUUGCUAUCACGUCGAUAUAUGAACGCAUUAUAUUAUACAUGCAGCACGUGCGGUGCAAAUGUUUUUGUUUUGUAAAGAUGUUUUGGUCGAAAUUCGGGUAACUCCGAAAAUGCAUAACAUUGAUUAAUUGUACAAACGAGUUAAUUUGUAUAUUAGAUGUAUAUCGAUUGUAUGUAGAUUCUAAAUGAUUAUUUACUGUUUAAAAAAAGAAAAUACUAAGUUUUAGCUCUGAUUAUUCUCGAGCCAUUUUAUAAUAUUAAAAUGGUGUUGAGGCUUGUAUCAAGCUGUUACGAUGUUCACUUCAUUUUUGUAUUAUAAUUCUUAUAAGAUAUUUUUUUGCAUGUAUAUAAAA